UACAGCAAGGAAGUAUCCUCAGUUGAGAUAUCCACACCGGAGACAAAAGAGUCGAACGCUUUUUCCUUUCCUUCAACCAACCUAUAUUUUGGAGGAUCUGUUUUUACAAAGCGGAACCACUAUUCUUUCGAUGUUGACAUCGUCGUUUUCUGAUUAAAAGGGCACUGGGUGGGCUCUAAUAUUUUGCAUUUAGGAGGUGUGAGAAGUUCAACAGUGGAUUUUCAGAUAUUUUACUGUUAUUGACAACUCUUAUGUCCCGCUACUAAAGCGGUUUAGGACAUGUCCGAUUCGUCCAGACCACACAAUCGGUCCAAUGUCUCGACCACUCUAAUUGAGAGAGGGAAAAGCGGAGAGUCGCAUCCGGGUGGUGGAGCAGCCUCCCGUGCCGAACCGUCUGACAUCCCCCAGUCCUGCGAAGGGGACCAGCAGUCACGGGGAGGAAUAAUGGUUCCGAAUAGUCUGCUUGGUUUCCAGUCGAGGUCGCCGGUGUUCAGAACACUGUCCAGGUCCUCCAGUGGAUAUUUUUCGUUCGACAGCGAUUCUAUUCCAAGCUCCCCGAUAUUGAAAGAUAACAAGUCGACACAGACUCCGAGCCCAUCUAGCCAAGUCAUUACCCACGCACUGCAGCGCAUGUCUCAGGCACUGGAGACCCGGCGAGAUUAUGACGUGUGGCCCAACCCCCUCCGGCCCAAUAGAGCACGCCCACCACCGACUGCGGGGGACAUGCGGCCAGAGAUACUAAUCGGUCAGGAGCUUCAGCGCAUUGGAGAUGAAUUUAACAACCUCUUCAUACAUGGGUCCAUAACCCCGGGAUGUUCCUGUCAUGGACGUCGUGUAGAUUUGUAUCUGUUUUCUUCAUCGCCAUCCCCAAGGGCCACUUCCUGGUACCCAUAAAAGGGGAAGGUUUGUCUGUAUAAUCAAAAAGAUGAACUGAUGACUGGACUUUGUAUUUGCUCACUAAAAAAACAGAAAUAUUUAUUUCUAAUGAGUGCAUGAGCAUUUGCUGUGAAUAAUGUGUUACUAAUGGCUCAGGGUGUCGGAGGAGAAAUACAUAUUGACACACCUUUCAACAGGUGAGGCUGUUGAAACACACAUUCUAGAACAGAACAGGGUGUGUGUGUGUGUGUCUAUGUGCCAUGUUCUGGUCUCAGGUGUUUGGUUGACGUCAGAGAGGAAUUCUGCAAGACUGUCUCUUUCUAGAAUCUAGAGCUGUCUCAUAUGUCUCCCAUCUGUCACAAUUGUCUAUUAAAUAACUUUAUACAGGUUAUUACGUUGUGUGUUACUGCCAAGUGCAGGUGUUUCAUACAGUUCUAUGUAUAGGUUUUCAACUGCCAAUAACUGUCAUAAUGCUUGUAUCUGGAUGAGCCAUAUUACUUCCUAGCUAGUGACUAUAAAGUGAGUCAUUUCAUUGUAGACAAAGUGUUUGUGUGUUUUCAGGUGUCACGUAAGGUGAAUCAAAAAACCUCCUGCACACUUUGUUUACUGAUCCACAGGUCUGUGUCAUCUGUCAAACUUCCUAGUUCUUCCUUCUGAUUGGCUCUAUGGCCUCUGGCCACCCACACAACUGACCAGUGACCUACAUUACACUAGCGAUGACCAGGUUUUGUUUUGCUACACACACACACACACACACCAUUCCUUCUCUGCCUAAAAGCCAUCAUGAAAAAUACUAAUUAAGGCUGUCUGAGUGUGCAAUCAAGGUCAAUGAGGCCAAGGCCAGAGGUUUGAGACUGGCAGGAGGAAGGGUCAGGUUACAGGGAUGGUGCAGUGUAGCUGGUUGGUGAGUGAGUGGUUGUGUUGCAGCAUAGCAGGACUACGUGACUGCUCAGCUUUAUUAUGCCUACCCUGCGGUUAAGGCUCUCAGGGAGCCCACUGUGGGCUCUAAUUAUCCACUGGUCCGCCUUUACAGGCCUCACUCACCCAGCGCCAUGGAGACACACUCAGUCCAGCUCCGGCCCUCCAGACCUGAUCUUUGUCAUCUUCUCCCAGGGUCAGUUUGAACCAAGGCUCCAAAGGUUGUCAUGCUUUGUGUGAGGCGCUGGAAAGAACUUCUGAGUGGAGUUGGUCCACUGUUAAGUCUUUGAGUGUGUUGCGGCUUUGGGUGUCUCAGUACUCGCUUUCUCUGGUUCAGGGUUUGCACUUUUGGAGCUAUUCCAUUGGUUCCAUUGCACCAGGCCAGCUCAAUCAAGCACAGCUAAAGUAUUUGGAAGAAAUCCAAGUACUAUUUGAGCCCAGGUCUGGUGAGACGUCUCUCCAGUGGUGAAUAUAGUAGUGUGAGACAUAAGGACAAGCACCCUGCUAAUGCAAAGCAGAUGUCUGGCCACAGAAACAUGUUGUUAUUCUAAGAUAACUAAGGUCUGCAUUUUGCCACUCAAAUUAUCUGAGCAUUCACAUGGCAGCUCACUUCUUUGUGGAGUUUCUAUCUUGUUUUUAAAUUGUUACGCAAAGGGAUUUUCAUUAGGAAGCAGUGACGGCCCAUCUUAUUUGUGACGCAAUAUUAUUUUGGUUUAGGACCUGCAGUCUUUGUCUUGUAGAACAAGGGAGAGAGAAGUUUGUCUGUUUGGGAACUAUUUUAAGCAGCUACGUAAUAGCUUUUUUAAUCAAAUAAAAGCACAUUCGCUGAGUGUAAGUGACUACUUUGUUUUUCCUCAGCAAUUGCAGGCAGACAUCUGCGAACGUAUUAGCGAGUCACUUUAAUUGCAUGUCUUCUACUUCAAAUUGUGGCUGCUCUCCCAGUUUGUUCGAAUUGUUUUUCAGUGUUCUUCUGGCCUUGGACGUUUUUGUUAAGCUUGCAUGUGGUGUUGCAGAUUUCACUCUGCGUUCUCUCACAUCAGAUCAAUUGUCAGAGAGAGAUUGGCCAGUCAGCAUGUGGUACCUGAAAAUCACACAGUUUGGGAACAGAAACAGCUGAAUACUCAGGCCCUGAUCCAUUAGACUUGAGACUAGAUUGAAAAGUGUUAAUGUUUUGUAAUAUUGUACCAAUUAGCUGUUUGUGGGCAUGGGUGCGAAACUGUCAGUGUGUGUAUUCAGUGAAUUUGUGUAUUAACGUCAUCACUGCCAAAAACCUGAUUCUUAAAGGGAAAGAUAAAUUGAUCCCAUUUUUAAGGAAAGUAGCAAGUACAGUACAAAAUCCCUUUAAUAAUAUAUUAUUAAAGGGAUCAUUCACCUGUUGAUUUGCCUUUUUCCAGCCUCUCAUGUUGCAUGCCUCAGGGUGUGAAGUGCCGUGUGAUUACAUAAUGUGUGUACUAGCUAUAUAAUGCAAUACAAAAUGCAACAUUGAGUCACAAUACUCUAAUACACACCAGAGAGGUUUUACCCUCAGACUCAAUGGCCAAAUAUCUGGAUCAAGUCUAUGUGUAUACCCUGUGUUGAAACCACUGCCUGGAACGGUUCAAUUAGUCAAGCUUACAGUAAGUACAGACAUCUUUCUUAUUCUAUUAAAAUCUCAGUAAAACAAAGUGCUGAGUAAAGGGUUUGAAUACUUAUGUAAAUAAGGUAUUUCUGUUUUAUAAUG